AUAUAAUAUCAGAUACAUUGAAUACUCUGCAUACAUUACAAUUGGCUACACUGUUACUUCUUACUCUAUCAGUUUCUAAAGGACUUUUCAUCUUCUGGGACAAAUACGACAUUUUUCGUGAUGUUUUUCUUCACAGAUAAAGAUGCUGCGAGACAAAGAGUAUUAACUGAUCAAUGGUGAAUCAAUUCUUUACAACAAUGGAUUUUACGACAAUAUUGAUAUUUGUUAUUGCAUUGAUGAUAUCCUACAUGGUUUGCAACCAUUUCUUCACUGUUCACAUUGAUAUUCCUGGACCGCAACCAUGGCCAAUUAUAGGCAACUUACCUCACGUGGCUGGAACCAGAGAUCCUGGAAAGAAAAUGCUGGAGUUCAGGAAAAAGUAUGGGGACAUGGUGUUCUUACGAUUCGGUUCCCAACCUGCCUUAUUCUGCUUCGGAUAUGACAUGGUCAAAGAAGCUUUAGUAAACAGUGGCGACAAAACAAAGUUUAGACCAAACUGGUUGUAUCUUUUUAAAAAGAUGUUCCCUAAGACAGGAAUAUUCUUCAGUAAUGGACAACCAUGGUCCGAAGGACGAAAACUUACAUCGGUAGCGUUUAAGGAUUUUGGUGUUGGAAAAAGAACAAUUGAUGAACGCAUAAGCGAAGAGGUUCAGUUUCUAGUGGACGAGUUCUCCAAACAUUCAGGAGAGCCGAUACAGGUCAACACAGUGUUUCCAAUGGCAACAUCCAAUAUUAUUUCAAGCAUAGUAUUCGGAUCAAGGUUUACCUACGACGAUGAAGAAUUCAAGGCGAUGUUACAACACAUCUAUUUCUUUUUCAAAAACCUGAAAGUCAUUGCACCACAGAACUUCUUUCCUAUACUGGAUAAGAUCAUGCCUUGGAGUUCGCAUGCCCAAAUAAAUGAACACUUGGCAGCAAUUAGGACAUUUGUAAGUACCAGGAUUGAGAAACAACGAGAUUCAUUUGAUCCAGAAAACAUUCGGAAUUUUCUAGAUCUUUACCUUGAACAAGAAAGAAAACCAGAAUCAGUAAUUUCAGAGGGCUUUAUAUUCCAAGUAAUAGCAGACCUUUAUGAAGCUGGGACUGAUACUACAUCUACCACUUUAACAUGGUGUAUGUUGUUCAUGUUGAAUUUCCCGGAUGUUCAGAAAAAGUGUCGAGAAGAAGUUAUGACGGUUAUUGGUGAUGGCAGGUACCCUUCAGCCAGGGACAAAGACUCUCUGCCAUAUACUAUGGCUACAAUACGUGAGAUACAAAGAACUGCGUCUGUAGCCCCAAUAGCUACACCUCAUGCUGUACUAGAAGACACGUUAAUUGCUGGCAAACUAGUACCAAAACAAACUAUUAUCUAUUGUCACCUGAUGUCUGUUCAAAAUGAUACAACUCGAUGGAAAGAACCAGAAAAAUUUCGACCCGAAAGAUUUCUAGGGGAAAAUGGACAACUGAUAAAACCUGAUGCUUUUUGUCCAUUUUCUAUGGGUCCCCGAUCUUGUAUCGGACAACAGCUGGCAACAAACGAAGUGUUUUUGUUCCUUACGUCAUUGAUUCAGCGGUUUAAUUUUGUCAAAGUAAACACAGACGAGGAACUUUCACUAGAAGGAGAACAGACGGGGAUAACGCGCCAACCAAAACCAUUUAAGAUGUAUUUUGAACCAAUUUAGUACUUGCAUAGCAUCAUAUUAGCUCAGAUCAAGAACUUUCAGUGGAAGGAGAACAGACUGGGAUAACGCGCCAACCAAAAGUUUGAGUCAAUCUUAUUCUUACAUGAAAUUAUUUUGCUCGUCUUUGUUUUGUUAGAAAGUUGUAUUAAUCAAUUAGAAAAAGCACUUUAUAAGGAAUGCAAUCUGAAACUUCUCUCGUGUAUUAGUUAGACAUUUAUUUUGAUAGUGUGUCAUGGUACAAUCUUCGUUGAACUAAAAUACUUGUUUUUUUAUAUAAAAAUUCCGGAUUAGAUGGGCAUCCAUUCUGUUUGAUAUAAUACAAAAUAAUGUUCUAGUAAUUUUAAAAGGUUUUGUCAAUUGCACUAAUAUUUGGGAAACUGUCCCUGAAAGAACAUACGUUUGACCCGCAAGGUUAUGUAUUGUGAUAUUUAAUCGGAAGAGUAUUCACCAAUAUCAAAUCAUUUUCCCUCUAGUAUAUCAUUGUUUUUUAUUUGUUUUAUUUAAAAAUUUGUAAUAUGAUAUAAUAAAUGAGAUUUUUUUCUAAAGGAAACAACUAAUUUCCAAUGAAAAUUUAUGGCGUAGUUUUCAUUGAUUCUUGCACUAUUAAAAUGUUGCUUACACAGA